UAACACCGCGGCCCGCUCGGUUCGGUUCUCGAUCAUCGCGAUCGCCGUCGACUCGUAGUACCUCGAACACCACGGCAGGCAGGCAGAGUGUGUGUUGAGUCCCGGUUUUUUUUCGCUCCCCCGUUCACUCCCCCAUAACAAAAACUCUCCCCCUUUGCCCCUGAACCGGUUUGCUCCGUGUCGGUGUGCGUGUAUUCCUAUGUUUUCAUCCCUCUCCCUGUCCGCCGGGUUAGUGCUUUCGUGCCCAAGUUUCCAAGCGUUGGAGUGCUAGAGCAAGAGAGGAAGCAAAAAAACGUGUCGCUUUCGUCGCAACCUAACUCCGCAAAGUGUCCACCCGGGUGCCCGGGUGUGUGCGUGUGUGUGUUUGUGUGUGUCCUGAAAGUCGAAAGAACGUGGUGUGGCCGCAAUUUGCGCGCGCCAGCCGAGGUGUGGUCCAGUUCCAGAUCUUCCUGCUUGUCCUGCUUCUUGCUGUGUGUGUGUGUGUGCGCGCGCCCAGAUGAACCUCCCUCCUGGAGUGCAGACGGUUCCUUGAGAAGAAGAAUGAAAAUACGACGCAAUCGUCGGCCGCCCGCAAACAGAAGAAGAUGCUCUCAGGGCAUUUCCCAACCCGCACCGUAGGAUUGCUGAUUUGGUUCGGAUGCUUUUCCACGCUCGUACACGCAAACAUCAUUCAUAAUGUGCUGGGUCUGCCGGACACCUGCGUCUACCAGAACCAGGUCCGCACCUGUCGGCUUUCCUUCUCCUGCUGGCUGGAGGGUGGACGGCACGUGUCCGGCUGUGGCGAAAACCGAUGGCUCAUGUCCUGCUGUGUGUACGACAAUGAGCAAUCGAGUGCCGUUCUUGCGCCGAAGGUAGCGUACGCCGGACCGAUGGUACCGAUGGUGCCAGUGCUGCAGCCCAUCGUACCGGUGAACCGACCCAACAUGCUUGUUCCUCCCCAAAGCUUCACCAAGAAGAAAAGCUUCUUCCAUCGUCGCUCCGACCAGCUGAUGCAGAACGAAUGUGGCAUUCCGCAAACGUCACAGAACACGCUGCAGAAGCGCAUCAUCGGCGGACGGACGGCCAACUUUGCCGAGUACCCGUGGCAGGCGCACAUCCGCAUAGCGGAGUACCAGUGCGGCGGAGUGCUGGUGUCACGCCGGUUCGUCGCCACUGCGGCCCACUGCAUCCAGCAGGCCCGGCUGAAGGACAUCCUCAUCUAUCUGGGCGAGCUCGAUACGCAAAACUCGGGCAAAAUUGUUGAACCCCUGCCGGCGGAGAAGCACCGGGUGGAGAUGAAAAUCGUCCAUCCGAAGUUUAUCUUCCGCAUGACGCAACCGGAUCGCUACGAUUUGGCCCUGCUGAAGCUUACCCGGCCGGCCGGCUACAAGUCACACAUACUGCCCAUCUGUCUGCCGAUGCGGCCGCUGGAGCUGGUCGGCCGCAAGGGCAUCAUUGCCGGGUGGGGUAAAACCAACGCCAACAUGGGCCAGACGGGUACCAACAUCCUUCGAACGGCGGCCGUUCCUAUCAUUAGUACAAAAGAAUGUUUGCGAUGGCACAGCAGCAAAAACAUCAACGUGGAGCUGUUCAACGAGAUGUUCUGCGCCGGCCAUUCCGAUGGACAUCAGGAUGCUUGCUUGGGUGACUCGGGUGGGCCACUAAUCAUCAACGAUCGCGGACGCUACACGCUGAUCGGCAUUACCAGCGCUGGGUUCGGCUGUGGCGUUGACCAUCAGCCCGGCAUCUACCACAAUGUGCAGAAAACAAUCAAAUGGAUACAGAGCGUUAUCUACGCAUUUCCACUGCAGCGGCUGCAUCCUGGUUGGAGCUUCGCUUCGUUGCUGCAGAUUGCUGCCGUUGUCGUGCUCGCGGUAGCAGCACAGAACCCGCCCGGCGAUGGAGGGGGAGUCAGCGCUAACGCGCACUUCAACGAGGUGCUGGAUCGGGAAAAUUUGCGCACCCUCAUCAGCCGCCAGCUGCCGAAGCAGGGCCGAUUCUUCGAAGAGUUCGACGGAAGUGAUCGUCUCGUUCCCACCGCUCCUCAUCCACUGUUCCAUAAUGCUGCCGAUGAUGAUAAUACGCGUGUUACGUUAACGUUGCGGCCCGAAAUUAGUGCCACCGACUGGUGUACGGCACUGCAUAGAUUAGUUCCACCACGUGACGACAAAAGUGCGGCUUCGGUGCAAAGCAAAUGUGCGUACAGGUGUGCUUGGUGUAAAGGUGCAAAAGGUGAAUCUGUUGAUUUCGUAAUCACGCGAGCGCGCGCGAGAUCCUGCAACGGCGUGUGGGCAACAAUAACGCGAAGCAAGUCAAUAAUGCACCUGCUAGAUAACAUGUGGCAGAGGAUGUCGAUACUGCGACGAACCGGUGAUCACCGGUUACGGUCCACGCUCGCAUGCCACAUGCUGUUGGUGGUGCUCAUCCUGCUGAUGGAAACGGCCGGUGGUCAAAGUGGACCAUCGCCACAGCAAGAGCAGGAUAUAUUGAUACUGGAUGCGCUCGGGAAGCGACAAACGUUCAACAAUGAGGAUUACGGUCAAAACUCGAUCAUUGAGCUGCUGGGUAGAAUGAUUCCCCAAACAUGCCGGCACAAGGGGCGCAAGUUCGAGUGCGGCCUGUCGCUGUCCUGCGUGCUCGGGGGCGGUAAACCGCUCGAUCUCUGCUCAGGUGGUAUGAUAUGGUCCUGCUGCAUCGAUCGCGACUUUGCGCCGGAAAGUGAUCCCGAGCAUGGUGCCGUCCACAAUGCGAGUGACAUUAUAAACCUGUUCGGUUUCUAUCCACCCGCCUCGCCGUCAUCUUCCUCCUCCUCCUCGUCGUCGUCCUCAUCAUCCUCAUCGUCAGUGUCGGGAUCGCCCUCGUCCCAUCAGAACCGUCCACAGACCACCCAGACGACGUCACUGUUUUCCGUGGGCGGCAGCGGUGGUGGCGGUAGCUUCAAUGCUCCCCCACUCUACCACGGCCACCAUCAGGUGAAUCCGCACCAGCAUCUGCCAUCGCCGCACCAGCACCACGCCACCGGUGCACCGCCUCCCGAGUGGGGCUUCGAUGGCAAUCAUCUCGGAAGCGGUUCGUCACCGUUCUCGCCGGCAAAGCCACAACCACCACUGCACGGAGGACAUUCGGCAAGACCGCCAUCAUCACCACCAGCACCACCAUCGUCACACUUUGGGCCGAUCGAUGAUAGCGAUCAUGACCGGCCGUAUAGCUUCGCUUCCCGGCCGACGGUACUGUACGGGGGGCCCAGCGGUUCCGGUGGACAGUUACGACCACCGUCGGCCGUGUUCGGCUACCCACCGCAGGAGGACGAUGGAUACGGCAUCGAGAACGGUUGUGGUGAGCUGUACACUCGCACGAACCGUAUCGUCGGUGGCCAUUCGAGUGGGUUCGGGACACAUCCAUGGCAGGCGGCGCUCAUCAAAUCGGGCUUCCUGACGAAAAAGCUCAGCUGCGGUGGUGCACUGAUAUCGAACCGCUGGGUCGUUACGGCGGCUCACUGUGUCGCGACGACCCCAAACAGCAACCUAAAGGUUCGACUUGGCGAGUGGGACGUUCGGGAUCAGGAAGAGCGGUUAACACACGAAGAGUACUCGAUAGAACGGAAAGAGGUGCAUCCAAACUACUCUCCGAGUGACUUCCGUAACGAUAUUGCAUUGGUUAAACUAGAUCGGAAGGUUGUGUUUCGACAACAUAUACUGCCCGUUUGUCUACCUCCCAAAAGCGUUAAGCUGGUAGGCAAAAUGGCAACCGUUGCUGGUUGGGGCCGAACACGGCACGGUCAAAGCACGGUUCCCUCUGUGCUGCAGGAAGUGGACGUUGAGGUAAUACCGAACGAACGAUGCCAGCGAUGGUUCCGGGCGGCCGGGCGGCGCGAAACCAUACACGACGUUUUCCUGUGCGCCGGCUACAAGGAGGGAGGCCGAGACAGCUGCCAGGGUGACUCGGGGGGACCGCUAACGCUUUCGAUCGAGGGACGCAAAACGCUGAUCGGGCUAGUGUCCUGGGGCAUCGGGUGCGGUCGGGAACAUCUGCCCGGAGUGUACACCAACAUCCAGAAGUUCGUACCCUGGAUCGAGAAGGUGAUGGGCAAAGAGUACUAGGGCUCUAGAUUGGAACGUCCGUUUUGAUUUCACCAUGACAACUCGAUGGGAAUGUGGAUGUGGACUCGCCCUAGCAUUCUAGGGAUCGGCAUGUAACGGUGCGAAGUUAGAGCUGUAAGCUGAUAUUAAUCGUAAGGAUGUAUGUAGGUCGGUAAGCAGCGGCGCAAUGCGAGUAGUAAUUUAUUGAUAAAUUAUUUCAACAUGAUUUUGUACAUGAUGCCACGCAUUGGGAGGUUAUGUCAAGGUUUUUCUCUUUCUAACAAAACGUUAUCGUAAGUCUCAAAAUAAAACCAAA